AUGGAAACCUACAGCUGGUAUAACAUCCGAGUGGUGUGUUUUGCCGCGUUUGGCUCUCUCUUCACUGGCUACUCCCUCGCCGUCUUCGCCUUUACCCUGGGCCAGCCGACGUUCUACUCGUCACUCAACCUCGUGGCAUCGGCGACGCUACCCGGAUACGGCCAUACCAACGACAUCUUGGGUGCCGCAAAUGGCGUCUUUUUUGGCACGGGGUUUUUUGGCUGCUUCUUAGCCGGGUGGGCAGGAAAUCACCUAGGUCGAGUCAACGGUUUCCGUAUCGCUGCCGUGACUGGCGUCCUCGGAGGGGCGCUUCAAUGCGGAUCGCAGUCACAAGCAAUGUUCCUGGUUGCACGAGCAGUGGCUGGACUGGCGGCAGGCCAUACCAUGGCCGCCAUGCCGACGUAUUUCGCCGAAGUGUCGCCUCCUCAUUCUCGAGGUCUGAUCACGGGAGCGCACGCCAUCUUCAUCAAUUUGGGCUAUUGCCUCGCGGGGUGGAUUGGAUUCGGGUGUUAUUACACCCCCAAGUCGGUCUUCGCAUGGCGAUUCCCAUUUGCCGUGGUCGUCAUCUGGGCUCUCUGUCUUUUGGCCGGAUCCUUCUAUGUUCCGGAAAGCCCUAGAUUCUUGGUGCAGCACGACAACCCGGAAAAAGCCCUGUCAAUUUUGAUCCGACUUCACCAUGACCCCAAAGAUCCCACCGACGCCUUUGCUCACCGAGAGCUGCAGCUGAUCCAACAGCGGUGCGAGGCCGAGAAGAUCAUCAUCGCGACCGAUGGCCCAUGGCGCUUGUUCAGCAAAAAGGCCAACCGGCAACGACUGCUGCUGGCGUGGCUGAUCAUGGUCGGCGGCCAGAAUAUUGGACCGCUGGUGAUCAACAACUACAAUGUCCUGCUCUACAACUCGCUCGGUCUCGGCGCCACAGAUUCGCUGCUCUUGUCCGCUGGGUACAACACCCUUGGUUUGGUGAUUGCUUGUAUCGGGGGCCUCAUCUCGGACCGUCUCGGCAGGAGGAAGGCCUUGCUCACUGGCUACAUAUUGAUCACCUGUGUCUUUGCGGUCCUCACCGGAAUGAUUGGUAAAUACAACACGUCGCCGUCAAAGGGCUGGGCGGCGGCGGCAACAACCAUGAUCUAUGUCUACGUCGUUUGCUACAAUUCAUUCAUCGAUCUCAACCAGUUCACCGCGGCGACCGAAGUCUUCCCCACUCACAUCAGAAGCCAGGCGUCGGCGGUUUCUAUCAGUGGUCUGUUCCUCUCGGUGACCCUCUGGUUGAAUCUCCUGCCCACGGCCACAGCCAGUAUCGGCUGGAAGUACUACCUGGUGUUCAACUGUCUGACCGUGGUGCACACAAUCUAUCUGUUCUUCUACUUGCCAGAGACGGCCGGCUGGCACUUGGAAGAAAUGGACCGUGCGCUGGCCGACGACCAGCAUGGUCAUUUCGAGGCCCAGGAUGUGGUAGAGAUGAAGCUCCAGGCGGGAUCGGCCCACGUCGAGGCCCUCCCCCAGGUUACCCAGGAUAUCCAUACCAAGGCUUGA